AUGUCUCGCCCUUCAAAAUAUGUUGCUUGGAUGAUAAUUCAACCCCCGACAAUUUUAAUGGAGUCGAUGUUUGACUAUCAGGACCUUGUGGUCCUUGUGGAGUGGAAGAUGGCUUGUGGAGUGGAAGAUGGCUGCCGUGGAAUACUGAUAAUAUCAAAGACUGGUUCCACGGUCCAUGGUGGUAUUGAGGCUAAGCAGCCCAACUCUGCCAUGAGAAAAUUUGCUCGUGUGCAGCUGAUUAAGAAUGGGAAGAAGAUCGCUGCAUUUGUACCCAAUGAUGGUUGCUUAAACUAUAUUGAGGAGAAUGUAAAAGUCUUCGACAAAACUAGUGUAGAUCUUCUUUAA